GUGUGUUGUAGGGAGGAGUCUCGCUGAAUGAACUUCAGCUUUCACUUUCGUUUGGUCUUAUAUAAUAGCGACUAGUUCAGUCAUGUUGUAGCAGGAGACACAGAGCAGCAUGACUCCGUUCAGAUAUUCCAUUUGGGAUUUGUCCCUGACCAUACUGGGCUUCAUCUUUUUUUUGUCUGACAUCUUGCUGGAUGUCUGGGCUGCUGUGAAUUUUUACAACGAGGGGGCGUACUUGUGCCUCGGUAUUCUGGUGUUUCUGCUCCUUGGAUCCUCUUUCCUGGCUCAGAUUUACAGCUGGCUCUGGUAUAAAUAUGAUAAUUUUGUUAUGAGAACCAAAUUCGAGGAGAAUCUGUCUCCCAACUUAAAGAUUCUGCAUUUUUUCCAGCUGGGAAUCUUCAUAAGAAAUGUUAGCGUCUUGAUGUCAGUGAAGAACUAUAAGCAGGGAGGUUCCUUGGAGGAUGAAGCUGUGUACCUGAACCACGAUUUAGCCAUGCUGAGGAUCAUUGAGACGUUCUCUGAGAGCGCGCCUCAGAUUGUCUUGAUGCUGACCAUCACUUUGCAGCAGGGACAACUCGACCUCAUCACAGUGCUGAAGACCAUCGGCUCGAUGUCGGCUGUUGCUCUCUGUGUCACCUCAUACCACCGCAGCUUGCGCUCCUUCCUUCCAAAUGCGGCGGAACCAUCCAUCGUCUCAUCUAUCUUCUACUUCAUCUGGAACUGGUUCCUCCUGAUUUCUCGCCUCGUUACCCUCUCUCUCUUUGCCUCUGUGCUGCCGUGCUUUCUCUUUGCCCACUUCUUUACCUCCUGGCUGGUCCUUUUCUUCUUCUCUUGGCGUGCACAGACACACUUCAUGGACAGUGCUUUUGGGGAGUGGUUGUACAGGGCCACAGUGGGCCUCAUCUGGUACUUCGACUGGUUCAAUGUGGUCGAGGGGAAUACCAGGAACAGGACAUUUCUGUACCACACCUACAUCCUAGUUGAUAACAGCAUACUUUUAGGUGUUUGGUGUGGGAUGAUGAUCACUGACCCACCUUACUUUGUAGUCCCGCAGCUAUACGCCAUCAUCAUAGCGGCCAGUGUGUUUGCCGUUUACGCCAUUGGCCUCUUUUUUAAGGUGCUUUAUUACAAGUGCUUCCAUCCAAACGUGCAGAAACAAGAACUGAAAGGAUACACGGAGCAGAUACAGGAGUUCCCAGACACAGUGGAUUCUCCUCCAAACAUGAUGAUGCUGAGGGCCUUUUCUCAUCAUACUGAUGGCAAAGAAAAGGAUCGGCCUGUCCAACCAGCACCCUGCAACAAGAGAAUGAAGAUGCUGGCUGAAAACUUCUACUCUUGAUCACCAAAUGCUGUGCUUAGAGGUAAAGUCACGCAGCAUCAGGCUCACAGAACUUCCUCUUCAGCUGGAGACAAAUCCUCAUUGUGUGCAGCUGUCGACCAAACACCGUAAAGAGGCUCGACAUUAUUCAGUCAGUGUCCUGCUUUUCCAAUGUACCAUCAGGCUGUUAAAUACGGUUUCUUUUUUAUCAGCUGCUGAUAAAAAAAAAAUGUUUUAUUAUUAAAAAAAUCCUGAGUUAAAAAGCAUUUACUUGGACCAGUGCUUUCAGUGGGGCAGGUGUAUAUUACUGGCACUUUUAAAUUUCACCUCCCACUUUUCACCUUUUUCCGGCCGAAAAAACCUCCCGUCCAAAGUUCAAAGAUCGCUCGUAUGACACCCCCUCCUUCCAUGUUCAGAAAUCUGAUCCCAGAUGUUUUCUUAGUGGAGUACUAGUACUUAGUUUGUACCACUUCAAGCACUGGUUUGAACUGAGUUUAAUUGUCAUUGAUACCUCACUGUGGUAUUUUAACAUUUAAAGAGGAUUAUUAAUUGUAUUUAUUUAUGUAAAGAGUUUUAAAGAUUUAUCAAAGUUAUUGUCAGAUUACAGAGGUCUUUGUCAGUUUUUUGUAUCAGGCCAGGUUCCUCGUGUUUUCUUGCAGGUCAGAGGUUUAUGUUUAUUUAUUUAGCAGACACUUUUAUCCAAUGCGACUUACACUUUAUAACCUGUAGGGCAUGUUGUGAUCCGUGGGGGAAACCGGAGAACCCGGUUACACAUGCAUGGGGAGAACACGAAACUCCACGCAGAAAGGCCGCAGCCGAGUUUGGAACCUGCGACCUUCGUGCUGCGAGGCAACAGUGCUAACCGCUGCGCCACUAUGCAGCCCAGGUUCUGAGUAGCUUGCUGCUGAAGUGAUGAAGCCACACCAAAGAAACUUUACACGGGUCUUUUCACUUUGGGGAGAAAAGUUUUGUUAUUUUCACUGACAAGUGUUUUCUGCUGCACCAUUUAAAUCUGGAAGGACCAAAGGUGUCAAGUAAUGAAGUACAAAUACUUUGUUACCUAAGUAGAAACUUUGGGUGUAUAUUUACUGGUGUAGUUAUUUAUUAGCAGGCUUUUAACUUCUACUUCUGACAUUUUUAAGCAAUUAUCUGUUUCUUCUCCUUCCCGGCUGCAAGUGGGUUCAUCUGACAAAGAAACAUUCCCAACACGUGAUUUUCCUUGGGUUCAGGUGAAGCUUCUUCUUUUACUGCAGUUAUAACGUGAGACUACUUUAUAAGACAUGUAUGUAUGUCUGUUAACACUUAGUGCUUGAAGUCUCUUUAUUCUAAAUAAAUUGGGUCCAAGAUCUGUGGCUUGAUCACAGCUGGUUCCAAUUCUUCCAGUCAGGGUGAAACUCAGAAUGUUCUUUAUCAUUAAAUCUGUGAAGCAGCUGUUUUAAGUUGUUUCUAUUGUGCUUCUGUUUUCUCAGGUUCAGUCUUGUGAUGGUUUUUAGCUUUUUUAUGAUUUAUGUUUUGCUUUGGAUGUUCUUGACUCGAUGUAAAGAUUUGAUAAAUACAUCUAUUUUUGGCACGACUUUUAUUAGUUCUUUUUAAAUUUUACAGAGCUGAAUAAACUUUUGUCUGGUAAACCUUAAAAAAUCCUGAGAAAUCAAGAUACAUUUGAUAAAAAUAAUUAAUAUUGUAAUCUGGCCUGAAACAAACACAGCAUCAACACAUCUGAAGGUUUUUACACUGAAAAUCACAGUUUCAGCGUGAUCAGAAUAAAGGAACUGGAGUUCAACAAGGACGUUUCAGAGGAAAGAGUCAGACAGAAACAAACUAAAUGAGUCAGAUACAAAGUAGAUUCAGACACUUUUAAGGGUUAAACAAAAGUUUAAAUGAAUGACAAAACUCUAAAACAGCAUUACUAUUGAGCAGUUUGAUGUGAGCCUUUUCUGUUACCUGUUCAAGUCUAAACAUGCAGAAGAAAUCACAUAGACAUCUGUUGUUGAAAGAAUAGAACUGAACUUUGCACGCGUUUUGUGAAACCAAAUGUCUUCUUUGACUGAAAGUCAUAAACACAUUUUUACUGU